CAAAGAGUCUUCUUUGAAGUUGAUCUUUUUUUGUUUUGCACCAUGCCCCCGGAAGAUCCGAACUUGUCAGUGACGGAAAUGAUCGUGGCUGAUGUCACUGAUCCUAUACUGACCAGAAUGUCGUCUCUUCAACGGACGUCUUCCGAUCCGUUCUUGGGAAGUCCUACAAAGACGGUAUAUACACGGCAACAGCUGUUGUACUACGCAAAGUGCUUUGAAUCCGAACAUAGCGUGGUCGGAUCGGUAGCGAAACCCGGUUUUAUUCGAAAGUUGCUGUCAUUACCCAGUGUACUCAUUCGUUAUGGUGUACUGUUACCGCUACGAACCGUAGCUUUGGGGAUGGUGUCGACCGCAUUUUUUACCACUUUACCGAUUGCUUUGUUAUUGAAGAGCAAGUCCAUGGUGUCGAAGCUCGUCUUUUUCUAUAACCGAGGAAUUCUUUUCUCUUUGGGUGUUAUUGCUCGCAAUCACGGAAGGAAAGAUCGACUAAAAGAAGCUCAUGUCUUUGUGGCAAACCACACAUCUUAUCUUGAUUAUAUUCUUGUCAGUGCAUACAAAUACCCGAAUGCCGUGGUCAUGGCUCGUAGCGAUGGCGGCGCUUUUGCUUUUCUUCAACGUUAUGGGCUGAGCCACAUCAAUUCGCUUUGUUUCGAUCGUCACAAUUUUCAAGAGCGCAAGUUACUCGCCGAGAGAUUAAAGGCCCAUGUCAUGAAUCCGACAACAUGGCCAAAUCCAAUGAUCAUUUUUCCGGAAGGAACCUGUGUCAAUAACCAACACAUUAUUCGCUUUCAGAAAGGCGCUUUCGAACUUGGCGUCAAAGUAUGCCCCGUAGCCAUCAAAUACGAUCGAGCAUGGGGUGACCCUUAUUGGGAUACGCGAAAAGGGUUCCUCUAUUAUGCUUUUUAUCGCAUGACACGAUGGGCCACGCCAGUGGAUGUUUAUUAUUGCACGCCAGAGGAACGACGACCGGGCGAGGAUGCUGUUCAGUUUGGAACACGUGUGAAAUCUAUCAUCUCUGAACGUAUAGGAUUGAUCGAGGAAGACUUCAACGGUAUGGCUAAACGUGAUUUACUCAAAGUGUUGGACGAAAACGCAAAAGAUAGAUAGCCCACCUCCCGGAAAUUACGAAUGUCUCCUCUGCAUUAAUCCGCUUUUAGUUUAUUUAUUGAGUUGUAUGUCGUGUACUAUUUCUUUGUUGUUUUAUGCUUAUCGUGUCUGUCAUCAUUGUACAUAUUAGAUCUUUUUUUUUUCAUGAUUGUGUAAUAGACCAUCAUCUUACAAGUUUGCAUCUUUGCAUUUUGUGUUAUUUAAUAUGGACGCCAACUUCAUGUGAACAAUGCAAUGCCCAC